AUGGAAACAGAAAUAUUAAGAGUAAAAAUCAUUUCAUUGAAAAAAUCUUCCAAAAACAACUUGAAUAAAUCAUUAUUUUAUAUUAAAAAAUUAAAAGAAGUGCCAUCAAACAAUGAUGAUGCCGUAAUACUCGAACCAAGUGAAUCAUCAACAGCAUUGGUUCUUCCUGUAAAUGAAUCAUUCGAUUGGAAUGUAAAUGAUGGAAACUAUUGUCAAAUUAUUUGCGUAACACGUACAUCAGAAGUCUUAACUGAUACUAUUCUAUGGUUUAAUCAUUUAUCAAGUCUUCUUCCUAAGUCGACUCAUAAGAAGAGAGUUUCAUCAGAAUUAUCUCAUAUUAUGGUUCCUGCUGGAGAAUAUCAUUUUGAGAUUGGCCUACAAAACAUUGGAAAUUCAAUAGUAUCAAGUCCUGCAUGCGAUGUAGAAAUCAAUAAUUAUCAUCAUGCUCAAAUAUCAAGUCCGCAAUCAAUUCGAGGUCAUUUAAUGAAACUGGAACAAUUUAAGCAUUCAGCUCGCUGUGCUUUAUGUGGUGGAUUUAUACGGAGCGUAGAUCAUCAGGAUUCUCGUGGUUUUCGAUGUUCGGAGUGUUCUCUUGUGGCUCAUGUAAAAUGUCAACCAAAUAUUCCAUUUUGGUGUCAAAAAUCCAUAUUUACAAAUAAGGAAGCUAUUCAGUUAUAUGAAAAUGUUCGAUUAACAUUUCAUAUUCCACAUACAUUCAGACAAUAUGACGUGCCAUGGAUUCGAGCUAUAACGUCCAGUAAUCGUAGCUAUUGUCAUCAUUGCGGUACUCAAAUUUCUCGAAAUGCUCUCCAAUGUACACAAUGCCAUUUUAUCAUUCAUCAACGUUGUGAAUUAAAUGUUCCACCCAUGUGUACAAUUCCGUAUAGUACAAUAUCAACAAUUUUAGGAGAGGAUCGUCCUAAACCACCUAUAGAAAAUUGUAAUAAACGAGGCGCAACAUCUUCAUCAAUUGGUUUUUUGACGCUUGAACCGCUACCAGGAUUUCCAUUAGAAAAUCAGCGAAGAAUAUCUUUACCUAAAUUUAAUGAUUUUGAAUAUGUUGGUCGUCUUGGUAGUGGUGGUUAUGCUCAAGUCUAUUGUGUUCAACAUAUUUUAUCGAAACAAUAUUUCGCUAUUAAGGUAGCUGAUGGAACAGAUGAACAAGCACGACAACAAUUAGAAGUUGAAAAACAAAUUUUAUUUCGUUAUAGUGAUGGAAAUCCUUAUAUGAUCAAAGCAUAUUGUGCAUUUCAUCAAGGAAGUAAUCUAUUUCUGGUUAUGGAACUUGUGCAAGGUGGAACUUUAUCUCAUAAAAUUCAAAUAAGGCGAAUGGAUGAAAAUGAUAUACGAUUUUAUGUAGCACAAAUCAUUUGUGUUUUACAAUAUUUACAUUCAAAAAAUAUUGUUUAUCGAGAUCUAAAACUAGAAAAUGCCAUUGUUAACUCAACAGGUUCUAUACGUUUAAUUGAUUAUGGACUUGGACGACUAUUAAAAACUCAUGAUGAUACUUGUCAUACGUUUUGUGGUACUUACAGUUAUAUGGCUCCUGAAGUUAGACGCUUAGAAAAAAGUACAUCCAAUGAAGGUUAUAGUUAUCCAGUUGAUUUUUGGGCACUUGGAGUCAUGUUUAUACAAAUGCUUUGGGGUGAACAAAUGGAUUUUUCUCAUCAAAUGUUUUCAAAUGAUAAUGAAGAAACAUAUGCGCCAAGAAAUCUAGCACAAACUUUAGAAUUACCUCGUUAUAUAAGUCCUGCAGCUCAUUCAUACGUGAUGGGUUUACUUGAGAAUGAUCCUGAAAAACGAUUAGGUUCACCUAAUUCACCACAUGGUUCAAUUCGUGAACAUCCAUUUUUUAAAUCAGGUCAUCCAAUUAAUUGGCAAGAAAUCGACGAAGGCAUAUUUAAAGCAGCUCAUAGAGCUCCAACAAUUACAUUUACUGAAUCUGACAGAUCGAGUCAUCCAUCACUUUCGGUUUUACAGUUAGACAUAUUAGAUAAAGAUGUCUCUGCUAAAGUCGAAUGGCUAGCUGCUGGAAAAUCAACCUGUACAUCCGUUGAAGAAGAACGAUUCAAAUCAUUUGAUUAUAUUAGUGAAUCCACAGCGCUUGAAUUUAUUUAA